UUGCUGACGCACUUCCGUGGCGCCGGAACAGAGGCAGGCCGUGGUGGCCCAAGUCGGUGAGAUGGUGCUUACCAGGUCUGCGCGGCCGCAGGCCCGUAUCCAAGCUACGACUGCUGAAAGCUCCGGACAGAAGAAUUCUGCUGAAAGAGUUCAGGAGCAUCUAAAAGGCAGGAAGGAAUCUCCAUCUGAUGACCAAAAUACUGCUGAAUCACAGAGCAAUAGGAAAUCAAGUCUAAUCCCUAAAACGCCUGAAACUGGAAAGAGAAAGAGCAGAACUGCAGGCUCAUUACCAGAAAUGAACAAACCUUCUACUGAUGGAGAGACCUCUGAAGCAGAGUCAAAUUGUUCUGUGUUUGAGCUCCAGGAUUCCAUUUUAAGAGUAACUAGGAGAAGGCAGAUCUUAGUUGCACGAGACCCGUUGUCCAGUGCUAAGAAAAGGCUGAAAGUAACUCCAAUAAGUGAGUCUCAUACUGAAGAAGAAGUCUCUGAAGCAGAAUCGCAUGUUUCAGGUAUUUCUAGAAUUGUGCCUUCUACAAGAACCAGAAGAAGUAAGGCUAAAUCCCUAACAGAUCCAAGCCAAGAUUCACAUGCAGAAGCUAUUUCUGAUGCUGAAUCAUCAUGCUCAGAUAUUUCUACAUUUUCCAGAGUUGCAACUAGGAGAACAACAGGGAUUAUGCAGAGGAAAUUACCGGCACAGAUGGAGGAGAAAGAUACUAAGAUUAUACCAGGAAAUGAAAAGCAAAUGAUAAAUACACCUAUGGAUUCAGAGGAUUCUGAUGCCAGACAAACUUCUCAUUUACGAGCAAGAUCACUUCCUCAGAUAAAUAAGCCAAAUUUCUCUAAUAAUGAAAUCUAUAGUGACUUUGAUGAUUCCUUCCAUGAAAAAUCAGGAAAAAAAUCAACAGUGCAAGAACACCAACAUCUUAAUAAAACAGAGGAAAAACAGGUCAAUGUUGCACCUCUCAAAGAAAUAACAAAGCAGAGUUAUAAGAGUUUAGAUGAAGAAGCCAAAGGAAUGAUAGAUAAGGAAAAAGAAAUUAAUGAGAAAAAUUCUGAGGUGAGUUUUUCUGAACUUCAGGAAAAUAGCCUUCCGCAGUUAGUUUCUCAAAGGCAUUCAACUCCCCACAAUAAGAAAACCACAUCAAGGCCCUCAAAUCAGAACUGUGAGGCUAUUAUGAAAUCAUUAGCUCAAACAUUUGCUGUUGUAGAGAUAGACAGGUGGACUGAAGAGAGAAAGAGCACCGUAAAAACAAGUGACUUCACAUCUAGUAAUGGUGAUGGUAGUGAUGAAGAAGAGUGCACAGUUAUAGCUGCCAGUGAAGACGUGAAUAAAGAAAGGGAUGUAGAUUUUGACUGUGAUACUGAACUGUACAAGUCUGAGCCCACAUCUCAGGAUACAGGUGAUUCUGUUUUAUUACUUCUCAGCAGUGAUGAAAGCCAGCAGUCUGAAAACAGUGAGAUUGAAGAGGACACUGUGUGUUUUGUUGAAAAUAGUGCACAAAGGGGGUCAUUAAAUGGAGAUUUGGGAAAUAAGUCAUGUGACAAUGCAUUGUUUGUAAUCGACACAACUCCUGGGUUAAGUGCUGGUAAAAAUUUUUACUUGGGUGAGGAAGAUAAGGCAGAUGAGGGUGCCAUUGAGGAAGAAAAGGAAGGGCAGGAAGAGGAUGAAAAAAGUGAAGAUGAACCAUCAGACGAAGACAAAAAUAAAGAUGAUGAGUUUAGUGAUGAAGACGACUUACUAAAUGACACAAAGUCUAAACUUCUGAAGUUGACCAGCAGCAGCAUAGACACUGGUCUAAGUAUCAAGCAAUUGGGUGGUUUGUAUAUAAAUUUUAAUGCAGACAAACUACAGUCAAACAAGAAAACCCUAACACAGAUCAAGGAGAAAAAGAAAAAUGAGAUUAUGCAGAAAGCCAUCAUUACUCCUGAUUUUGAAAAAAACUACUGUGUCCCACCAUAUCGCGAAUCGAAAUAUCAACUUCAAAAGAAACGCAGAAAAGAGCGACAAAAAACAGCAGGUGAUGGCUGGUUUGGUAUGAAAGCUCCAGAAUUAACAGAUGAACUGAAAAAUGAUCUCAAAGCACUGAAGAUGAGAGCUGGCAUGGACCCAAAAAGGUUUUACAAGAAAAACGACAGGGAUGGCUUCCCUAAGUACUUCCAGAUUGGAACCAUUGUUGAUAAUCCAGCUGACUUCUACCAUUCACGGAUUCCCAAGAAACAAAGAAAGAAAACUAUUGUGGAAGAACUGCUGGCUGAUUCUGAGUUCAGAAGAUAUAACCGAAGGAAGUACUCAGAGAUCAUGGCUGAAAAAGUAGCAAAUGCAGCAGGAAAGAAGUUUCGAAAGAAGAAGAAAUUUCGCAAUUAAGAUUCAUCAAGCAAACCAUAGUAUUUUAUAUCUCCCCUUUAUUUAUUUACUAAAGGUGUUUUUGAAAACUAUUCCAUCACAAAAAACUAAUGUAGACUGGCCCUGUUUGUUUAUAGGGAUUUCUGUUUGGAAAAGUUGGUUUGAGAGAAAAAUUUAAUUUUCCAAAUUAAAUUUGGAAAACAAAUUUAAUUGACAUUUUUGUAAAGUUUUCAAUAUUUAGUUAAAGAAAAUUGAGUUAAAUGACAUUCAGAAACUAUAAAGUUUGCUAACUUUUCAGAAAACUUUAAUGUGAUCAAAGAUAUAACAAUAUUGUAAUUAGCAGUAUUCUAAAUAAAGAUGUAGGUGGGGUGUAUGUGUAUGUGGUGGGAGAUGGUAGGCGGGAAAUGCCCUUUUGUCAGUUGUGCAUUCCAGUCUAGGAAACAAGGUACAGGGAUCCGCUUGGGGUCAGUAUAAUAGUUAUAGUUGAAACCAAAGGCAUGGUACAAAAUGACUUAAAAAGCAUUGAAGAAAGUUUGGGUGAAAGCUGAUGAAAAAAGAAGGGCCUUCAAAGUACCCUAACACCUUGAACAAUUUCUAAAAAUGUCUUAUUUCAAAAUGUUUUUAAGACAGCAUAUUUAAAAAUGCCUACGACACAGCUAGUUUUUCAAGGGAGGAAAUCAGGAAAAGGAAAGUGAGGAUGGAAGAAAUUAGAUGAAGCCGGGAUGAAAGUUAAUAAAACAAUUCUGUGAGACUUUCACAGUUGAUAAAGGUGGCCCCAAGUUUUCUAGCAUCUAACACAAAAAUUACUUCCAUGUCAGUGUUGUGCUGUAAGAUAACACUACUUUAGAGAAAUUUUAUAUUAAGACCCGACAAAAUGCCCCUGGGUCCUCCCCAUAACAAGGAUGUCAGGUGAGAGGCAGUACUUGGCUGUCCAGAGGAUAAAUGGCAAGGUUUUUAAGAAAAGGAAGAGAGGGGUAGGGACAGAGGCUGUACAGAAAAGUUCAAGAAAACCUUGAGUAAGGUUUUGGGGUGAAUUCAGGGAUCCCACUCUUCGAAUGAGCAAAUUGGAAGAAAACAAGCUCAUGAAAAA